UGCUAAUGAAAACAAUGUUGUGAUCGAAACUGAACUAAGUCAAUUUUUCUUGUUUCAGAUGUUAAAGAAUGCGGAAUCAAAUACAUGUUCAAAUGUCGUGUAGAAGCAGCAUGCUUUAAUUUAAGAACAGAAUUUUUUAACACAUACAAACAAUAAAACAUGAGCCAAAAGCCAGGUCACAACACUGGGCCCAAGGGUGAUGUGUCGUAUGUGCGAGCCACGCCUGGUCCCCAGUACCCUAUCGCCCCCUCCCCACUGCCUUCCAUGGACAACAAUCACCUGGCCAAUGCCCAUCCACAGCAGCACAAUGUAAACAGUGAUCUGGAGGACAAGCUGGAACUUCAGCAAAGGGAACUGGAGGAGAUCCGUGCCCGCGCUGCUCAGAUGGAGAAAACCAUGCGCUGGUGGUCGGACUGUACGUCUAACUGGAGAGAGAAGUGGAGCAAGGUGAGGAACGAGCGGAACAAGGCACGUGAAGAAAACAGGCAGCUACGCGGGAAGUUGGAUUUGCUGAUCAAGGAGAAUAAUAGUUUGAAACGAGAUAAAGAUGAGCUAGUUAACAGUAGUAAAAUUACUGUUGGGAAAACUGACAAACUUCAGGACAAAAAUGUGGAGUCAAUGACUGGCUCAACAUCUUGUGCAAGUGCUUUAGGAGUGAGUAAACCUCAGGAUGAUAUUGAAACAAGAUCUGACACCAGCAACUCGGACAGUGUGCAAUCAAAACUGCAAUCUCCGGCUCGACGGGACGUGUUGACUGACUCAGAGUGCCAGACAUUGGAAGACCUCAGAGAUUUACGGCAACACAGUGACAAAGAGGAAGAAGUUGGUGGUGAAAGGCUGACACUGAUAGAACUGAAGCUGGAUGAAUCUCAGAAAACCAUCUCAGGAGAGAGGGAAGAAAAGACCCAUCUUCUGAAGUUACUGGAGGACACAAGACACGAGCUGCUUAACCUUAAAACCCGCUAUGAAGAGCAGAAACAAUCAAAACUUGACCUGGAAAUGCAGUUAGAGCGUGUACGGGAACAGCACGGGGAUGACCUCGCUCGUGUAACUUCAGACCUCCAGGACGAGCAGGCCACACGGGCACACAUGGACAAACGGGUUGCAGAACUCAGGGCCGAGCUCGAGAAGCUUCAGCGAGAAAAUGCUGACGAGUGGGGACGACGAGAGCGCCUGGAGACAGAGAAAUUAGGAAUCGAGCGUGAGAACAAGAAGUUGCGAGCCACACUCUCAGACAUGGAGGAGCAACUUGAACGGAAGAGUACGCAUGCAUCAACUGUUGUCAACAAGGACAUGAAGACGCUACAGUUGGAUGUGUCCGAGAGAAACAAGGAGCUGGCAGACCUGAAGCACAUCCAUGUGAAGUUGAAGAAGGCCCACCAGGAGCGACUGACUGAUCUGGACCACAGUCGCCGAAGAUGUGAUCAGUUUGAAAUGGAAGUGAAAAAGCUCCGGUCUCGUGUGGAGGAACUCAAACGAGAACUGGCAAAUGCCGAGGACGAGGUGGACACUCAGGGGAACAACGUGCGCAAGGUACAGCGGACAAACGAUGAGCUUCAGGAACAGGUGGAGAACCUCAAUGUACAGCUGGAACACCUCCAGAGCAGACUAAGACGCAGUUCCCAGUCCAACACAGGACAUGGAGGAAGUCUGCGAGCAUACAGUCCCAACUUACAGGCACUUGAAGUGGAUGAUGACACAGACGACGACUUUAGUGAGGGCUCAUGACCAUAGGCAUCACAGCGUGUGAUUCACCACAGUGCUGACCAUCUUGGAAUCAUGUUGUAUAGACUGGACAUCGCAGCUUGUGAUGCACCACUGUGCUGACCGUCUAGGAAUCAUGUUGUAUAGACUGGACAUCGCAGCUUGUGAUGCACCACUGUGCUGAGCGGCUGGGAAUCAUGUUGUAUAGACUGGACAUCGCAGCUUGUGAUGCACCACUGUGCUGACCGUCUGGGAAUCAUGUUGUAUAGACUGGACAUUGCAGCUUGUGAUGCACCACAGUACUGACUGUCUGGGAAUCAUGUUGUAUAGUCUGGACAUGGGUUGUAUGAUCGCCCAGUACAGGUUCAAACUGUCUGAAAUAUGUACUUGUCAAUUUUAUCUCUGAUUGUUUAUUAUGGAUAAAACUAAUUUACAGGUAAAACCAUUGAUCACCAUUAUUACUUAGCUGGCUUUGUGAUGUUCUCUCAUUCGCAAUCUUUGUUUUUACAUUUUUACACCAAAGUAUAUGUACUUGACUAUUUUUGUAUGUCAUAAAAUUGCUGGUGAUGCUAGCUGAAUGGUUGUGCUGGUCACAUGUGAUUAAACAUGUACAGUAGAUAUAACUUGUACAUUUUACAUGCAUAUAAUUGAACUUGUACAGAAUUUUAUGUUAUAUCAGGAAGUUUAGAUACAUGUACUUUUAAAAAAAAAUAUAUAUUGAAAAACGCUCAAAAUAUUAUGGCAAGGGCAACUAUUUUAUUACAGAAUAAGAUAAUUUAUUUGCAAUGAAAUAGAAAUAUAAGCGAUGUUUCUCUUAAGAAUGAUCAAGCAUGUGAAACAUUCUUAAUACCGGGUAGUUGUUUUUGAAUGUGAGGCUGUAGAUUUUGACAUGUGUUCGUCUGUAAAACUCAUUAUGAUGUAAGUCUACAUCCAUACCUGUUAAUGUUUACUUCUUUGUAUUGUGUAUUUCAGACUGUUUUCUUUGUGUUUUGUUUUUUCAGACUGUUUUUGACAAAUUCAAAAUUUUCCACUUCAAAUAAGUAUUACCUCAUUUAAAAAGCCAUCAGCUAUCAUCCAUCAUCAGAUCAAUGUCUCAUAUGUUUAGGCCAGUACAGUUAACAUGAUUCAUUGCGUUAGCUCUUCCAAGCCAAUAUACAAACAUAAGUUUAAUGUGGAGCCAUCUGACACACUGGUACAAAUGUAGUCCAUUAACGAUUUCAUUAAAUUUUGAUGCCGGAACCCCCGUAACAUUGGGGUAUGAUUUAAAAGGUUAUUAUAUGCAGAUUACUUAUAGGUAAAAUAAAUGACCAAAAAGCAUCAUACACAAGUUAUUACAGUUUGUACGUUUGCUGUUUAUUUAAACUGGAUUUGUACGUGAAAUAACCUAAUUCGCAAUCUUUCACAAAAUACUUUCAAAUGAUACCAACAUAAGAUGGGAUAAUCAGGCAUCUAAAAUUUACAUAUCUGUGUAUCUGAUACUUUAAAUGUGUAUUUGGCUUAUCAGCAUCUUGGCUCUCAGAACUUUGUAAUUGUUCACAUUUGGGCUGCAACAAUAAACUGGUAUACCGAUGUAUACAUGUUUAUAUAUAUUGUUGUACUUGCUUAUGUUUUUGAACUGCAAUAUGACUGAAAAUUGGCAGAAUUGAAAGUUGUUUAAUUUAAAGUUUGUGUCAGUUCAUACCAUUCCUGGUAAAACAUUCUAAAGUUGAUGCAAAAAUGAAAUGUUGAAAUUGAGUGUCCUUGUUUAACAGCUUAUUCUGUAUUUCUUGGAAUGAUGGAAGUCUUGAACAAAUAUAUAGAAUAUAUUUCAAUGUUUUUUUGGCGUAUUGCUGCAGCCCCAAUUCCCACUUUUUAGUGCUUAUUUCUAUUCCAAAUGUGUCCAGUUGUGAACAUCAUGGUACUAGAUUUGUGCUUGUAUGAAGUACCUGUUCACAAAGAAAUUUAACCAGCAUGUAUUUUUGUCCUUGACUACUAAAGAGUAAUUACAAAAUACAUAAUAUACCAAUUUCUAUUUUCUUUAAAUUGUUUAAAGGGAAAAAUUCGUUAUUAAAAUGUUUAUGGCAAUUUUAGUUUCAUAAUUGCUACAUGAUAUAUACAUGUACAUUGUAUGUAUCUUUUGUAGAUCUGUUCUUUACUCCCCAAUAUAUGGCAAUAAUAGCAUUAAGCUGUAUACUCUGUAUAUUGUAUUCUUUAAUUUAAUUAUAUAUACACAUGUACUUCAACAUAUAAUUCCAUGUAAUAAUCAGAACAUGUUGUGAAAAGUAACACUAUUUAUUUCUUUUUUUAUGGAAUUUUGUAACAAUUACUGUUUUAGGUUAGAUGAAAAAUAUGAAAAUGCAAAUAAACAGAUAAAUCCUA